UUCACUACGCACGGAACGGCUUUCGGAAAAGGGAGGUCCGAACUACGUAGAUCCAUCGAACGCGUCGUGCCGCGAUCUAGUGCCAAUCUUUCUCCCGUUUCGUGGAAUUUUCCGCACUGAGUCAUGAAGAUGCUGAAGAAGCUGUUGAUCUUGACGACCGCGAUCGUCUUAACCGCCGGACAAAGCAUCGACGAAUGCCUUAAGCAAGACAGCAUAGCCUGCGUGCAAAAGACCCUAUACAGAACCGCCAAGGAAUUCUUCGCCCAGGAUAAACUUGAGCUUGUGAAUGGAGUGAGCCUUGUGAAAAGUAAUGCUGAUGACAGGAGUGCCAGAUCUGGCAAGGAACUCGCCUACGAUCAAGAGAUAGACGCCGCCAACGAUAUCACGGAGAGACAAAACACCCUCGAGAACUUUAUCAGCGAUGAAGCUGGACAGCUCCUGACCGGUCGCAGUCUUAGGAUUAAUCUUGCACCCGCCUUUGAAAAAAUCCGUGAAUCGGCUCGCGCCAUCAGCGAGUCUGUGCCACCGGAAAUUCGUCAGGCCGUCGAUGAAGUUGUCGAAGGUCGAGGCAAGAAGAAAGGAUUGAAAGCGCUUAUACCUCUCGUGAUUGCCGCGAAAGUGAAGCUCGGUCUUUUAGCGACUCUCGCUUACUUUGCCGUCUAUCUCAUAGCGAAAAAGGCGAUCUUCGUGUCUCUCAUUUCCCUCCUCAUUUCUGCCUUUAUCGGUUUGAAGGCCCUCUGGGCGAAAAAAGCCGGCUAUCACGAUUAUACUCCUUACAAUAGCGGCUGGAGCGGACCUAUUGCAUCUGGUGGAUGGUCUGGUCCCGUCAGCGGUGGAUGGUCCGCUCCCGUCAGCGGUGGAUGGGCCAGCGGCGGCUCUUCCGGUUGGGAAGAUCCUCACGCUUACUCGCACAGCCAGGCGUACUCUGGCUAUCAUCAUCACUAACGAUAGCCAUUGAUGCUUUCUUCUACAACUUUUCUAUUUCCCCUCUUCUUUUUUUUUUAUCGAAUAAUGGGCGACGGAAAGAAUGAGAUACCUUCGAAAGUCGAGUGAUUCAAGCUUCACUGUUGAUCCUCCAUUGUUCGCGAUUAUUAUAAAAAUAUUUAUUCUUAUUUAUAUCAUUAAAUAGUAAAUAUAUAUAUAUAAAUGGGGCGCUUGGCCUUUCCGUGCAAUGUACAUAAAAUUAUAUAUUACACAAUCGCAUAUUUCAUUAUCGCGAAUAGAUCGAGCAGGUAAAAUGUAAAAUCGCCUUAAGCUGCGAAGCUAGUCGCGACACGUUCGAUCGGCGAAUAAUGUCUUUAUGUUGAGAGAGAUAUAAUGUUACAUAUUACGAUUUUGCCAUCGCAACUUUAGCGCGAGCUUCGGCGCGAAUCUACAAAACUCACUUGAGACGCAGGUUGGUGAAUCAUGGUUACAUCUAGUCCAAUACGAUGUAUAUGCAACACAGUUACAUCCUUACGAAUCUGUAUGCUUCGUAAU